UUGAGAUUUUGAAUUGCACAAUUAUGAUAUCAGAAAAAACUAAUGCUAUUAGUCGUUUAAUAAGAACAUUUACCUCUACGAAAAAUGCAGCCAAUUUUGAAGAAUUAAGCGAUGAAGAGAUAAAACUGAUUUUGGAAAUCGCAACGCGUGUAAAUAGAACAUUAACCUAUGAGAAUGAAGUAUUCGAGCAUUACUUACAGCGCAAAAAUCCUCAGUGUUUGAAUAAAAUGCAGCAGAUCUUGGAGUCGAUACUCCAGGCGCAGACUAUCCAUUGUAUGCUUAGCUCCAAGAAUACGCCAAGCUACGUAGAUUCGACCUCGAGCCUAUUCGGGAGCGUUGUCACCGGGACGAUUAACGACGGUAUCAGCUCUUACUCAUCCAGUAUCGUAAGCACCCCGCAACCGCAGAUGUCCGGCAAAAAUCAGCAAACGUCCGCGAAUAAUGCGCCCAAGUCCAAUGUCUUGCGACGCAAAAUAACGAUAUCACAUCGAAUUGAGCUCACUGAAUACGAGAUUGACGAGAUGAAAAAACAAUAUGAACAUUUUAAAGUCGAUAUGAAUAAAAAUUUAGAAAAUUUAGAAACAAAGCUGAAAGAAAUGAAAUGCCGAAUAAUAGAAAAUCAUAAAACAAUUCAGCGAUUUGAAAAUAACGUCAUAAAUCAAAUUAAUCCAAUUACGAAUCAAAUUCCUGUGGAAAAGUUUGUACGGUACUUUUGUAUUUAUGACUGCGUGGCAAAAUUUAUGCCUAUUGUGUAUUUAUUAAGGUUCAUGGACGAUCAAUUCAAAUUAAUUCGUAAUUUUAUCGACAAGUUCAAUUUAAAAAUCAUCACUACCAAACGCAUGAUUUCUCAAACUAAAAAGCAGAUCAAACAGCGAGAAGAUCGAGGAGAAAAGCUGAGUUCCGUCGACUUUAUAAAGCUUGAAAUUGAAAACAGAUAUCUCGUUGCUGAAAACAAUAAGAAUCAGCAGAUUUUAAAUUCACUGCAACAAAGAAAUGGACAAUAUAAUCUUACAUUAAAAAAUUAUAAAGAUAAGCUGAUCGAAAAAAAGUCAGUGUUACAGCAGGCUGAAAAUAAAUUUAAAUCCAAGAAAAAUGAAGAAAUUGCUUUGCAAUAUUAUAAAAAUAGAAUAAUGCAAGAUUUAAGAAAGACAACAAAUGAGCUAAACAAUAUUAAGGGUCUUCGCGAAGAGUACGAGUCGCCGGAUAUUCAAGACUUCCUUCAAGUUCAAAAACAAUUGCAGGAAGCGAAAUACACUGUUAAAAGACUAAGCAGACAACGAAAAAAUCAAUUACGUACACUGCGUACGUAUAAACGAACCUACGAAUUAUAAAUAAAUCUGGCGACAAAAUAUUUUUAAAGUAUAUUUAAAAUGAAAUACUUUUAA